AUGGAGCAACUGAAUCAGCUCAUUGCUUACUGUGAGCCCAAUUCCUACGUGCUGAAGGUGGCAUAUCUGGGCAGGGCUUUAAUGGCGUACAAAUCUGAGGAAGAUUUCUAUUGCAUGUAUAAUAUAUGGGAUGCUGAGGAAAUUGAUGCGAUCCUAAAUUUUCCCAACGAAUCUGCAAAGCGUGAGUUCGACGAAUUGUACGAUAGGGCGCACAGUCGACGAUUAGGUAAUCGUUAUCCGUCUCCAUAUAACGACCGCAGCAACUGCAUUAAUUAUGUCGUGUGCAAUAAUUCGCCGAGGUAUGGCCGAUAUCUGCACGGCAAAUGGAAUGUGAUGAAGGGAAACUUGGUUCUGCGCGAGUUACCAUUCGUGAGACUACUGCUGUCUGGAGACCGUUGGAUGAGGUGUCAUCACUGCCUGAUCUACGCUCCCCUUGUUCUGAUUCCGUGCCGAGGCUGCUCGAUAAUGUUGUACUGCUCGAAAUCGUGCCGGGACCGUGCCAAACAGGAGUACCAUUCGUUCGAGUGUCCCAUUAUCUUUAUGCUGCUGUCUCAGUAUACGCCCAUCGAGGUUCUCGCGUUGCGUUCCACGAUCUGUGCGUACAAGAAGUUUUAUGAAAUGCCGAGCGUACUGGAGAAUUUCAUACGUUCUGUGUGUAUGUCCGAGAAAUGGGUACAUCAGUACUGCAACCCGAACGGGCGCUACAAAAAUCCGGAGGACGCCUAUGGAAAGGUCUACCAAUUGGCUACCAACCGAAGCCGUUUGACGAGAGAAAAACUGACCAUCGACGGCUUAAGGGGUGUCGCGCUGGCUAAGCUUCUCGUGCGCGCGAAUAAUAUACCGACCAGUAACGUGAAACUGCUGGCCGAGCUGACCGUGCGCCAUAUGCACAUCCUACGUGUCAACGCACUGGUGCUCCAUUGUUCGCUGGACGCAGAGCCGUAG